AGCAGUAGAGUAUACAUCUGGUACUUACCACCGUAGCCGUCGCAGCCCAGGAUACCGUGGUCUCCAUCUGAAGGAGACUUCGGGAAAUGUGCGGUGUCGAAUUACCUCUUCAGAUAACAGAAGGCCAAACGCACCUGCACUUUCACUGCUGUAGAGCCUGACGCACCAGAAGCUGUGAUUUCCUGCGUCGUAUUUCAGACAAGGAGGACGGGAGAAUGGUAAACCCCGACUUCCCUCGUCCAUCACAUCGUCCAUAAGGAGCGCCUCACAGGAUGCAAUCGCUGAGCAGAAGGGUCGAGAUCCGACCGUGGGCCUCGUAUCUCACCGCGCUUGUUUUCAUCACGACCCUCGCCAUUAGUGCUUGUGUGCCAGAAGGACCAUGUCCCCGCAGUCUGGACUGUGCCCGCGAGGGACGGCACUUCUGCCAGCCGGGCUUCUCGCGCUGUGGGCCCUGUCUGGCCCCGCUGGUAGAGAAGAAGGGCAGAUGUGUGGUGCGGAGGCAACAGAAGCCACAUCAGCACCUCAGCAAGGCCAACAGCCUCCCUGAGCUGGACGAGGAGAUCGACUUCCUGUCCUCUAUCAUCACUAAGCAGUUGAAAUCCGAGCCUAGACACUCAGUGCCCUCCUCUCAGGUCGACUUGAAAGCCAAGGGGGAUGUUUCAGUUCCCCAAAAGGUUCACCAAAUGGCCGAGGCCUCUCGCCCCCCCACCCUGGACACCACAGAGCAUCCCAUAACCAGUGGCCUCACCACGGCGAUGCCCACCACCACCACAGCAACCACCACCACCACACUGGCCUCACACCUGCCACAAACUCCAGCUAUGCAGAGGGGACCAUUAGCUGUCCACUACUCCUCAAAUGACCACACAUUCAUAAUCAUGACUGGCGUGUGUCUCAUGGUGGCAGUAGUGGUUCUGGUUGUGGCCGCAGCUCUCUGGGUCAGGUUACGGAGGGGAAUGCGUCUUGCUCAAAAGGUGGAUUAUCCAGCUUUCGGCGUGAUGGCGCCCCACUCUCACGACAGCACAUCGUCAGGGGACAAAAAGCUGGCCCACAGUGCCCAGAUGUACCACUACCAGCACCAGAAACAGCAGAUGCUCUCCCUCAAACACAGAGACGAGGCAAAGAUGCCAGAGUCAGGGGCCACUUCAGAUGAAGAGAAUGAAGAUGGCGAUUUCACCGUGUACGAGUGCCCAGGACUGGCCCCAACGGGGGAAAUGGAGGUGAAAAAUCCGCUGUUUGACGACUCCACCCUGCACCUGCACCUCAACCUCAACCUUCAGAGAGGCCAUAAGUGAACACGGACAAUUGUGUGUUCCCAGUCGUCAUGGUCACAGUUUUACACAUAGUUUAAUGUUUUGCACACACACACACACACACACUCACACACAUACACAGUCAAACACAUGCACACACACACAAACACAUGCACACACACACACACACACACACACACACACACACACACACAUGCUCUGUCUCUUAUUGCCCUCUUCUCUGUGAAAUCUCCAUCUCACGAAGCUCCAUCAGCUAUGCUACCCAUUGCGCUCGGAGAAGAAGAGGAAGAGGAUGGACAGAACUUAGAGGUGGUACAUGAGAGGAGUGGACUCACGAGGAGGAGGAGGAGGAGGAGGAGGAGGAUGGAUGGAUGGAUGCAGAAAGCGCAGGAAGAGAAUGUACGUCAGGAACGUGAGCACAGCAGCGUGAGAGCACACAGCAAGCGUUCUGUUGACUGCCUCCGUGUUGUGUCCCAGGCUUCUUUAUAUUCCAAAACAUCCCUUUUUUUACCUUCUUGUGUUUUUAUUUUGAUAUGUCAUCUUUUCUCUCCUUCCUAAUAGCGUGUUAUUAAAUUAGGAAUGUUACAUUUCAACGACGUGACGCCUGUACAAUGACUGCAUUGCUAUCUCGCUCACACACACACACACAGACACACAGACACACACAUGUAUACGCACAUGCGUGCGUGCGAUGAACAAACUCACCUGUGUUUUUGUGGACAUCUUUGUCUCUCUGGCCCAGUGUGCUCAGUAGCACCUCAGUGGACGCUGCUAGCUGGCUCUGUGAUCCCCACGUCAUAGUCCCCAUAUCAGCACCGGCAUAUGGAGCAACCAUUUAGUCUACAGCGAGGACUCUCAGUAACCAUCACAGACUCAUGGUCUCACGUCCUUACAAUGGGUAAAAUGAAGUAACGUGGGACACAUACUCGUGUAUACUAGGGGUUUCAUCAACUAGUCAACUGUUAAAAUUAAUAGUCGGUGCUGUAGGCAGCAGUCAAGUUGUGGACAAAUGGCUAAAGGCUAAAUGGGCUUGAUAUUCCUAUUUAUGGAGGUACUUUCACUGAAAAUGAGAUCUGUUCCACAGUGACAUGUAAGUUGUGACCGCUGUAUUAAUGUACAGUAAGAACACAUCUGCUAUCUAAACACCUAAAGAUGAAGCAUCCGCUGCUAACAGCUAGCACUAGCAGUAAUGUAAACAACUGCACUGUAUUGGUACAUAACCACUAGUCGACUAGUCGACUACUAUUAUGAAAAACUUGUCAACUAGUAAAAAUCAGUACUCGUGAAACCCCUAAUGUAUACUUAUUCUACGGCAUAUUUUACUUACUCUUGACUUCAGCUGCUGUCAAUUAUUUAUAUUGUUUUCCUGUGCUCAGGCUAUUGCAAGCCUUCUCUCGCUCUCCCUCAGCCUAUAAACUUGAACAAUGACAAGUGCAUUCAGUCAGAGGAGGGAAACCUCCGGCUCACGGUCAGACUUCAGGUCAUUCUUCAGCCCAGUCUUUAUUGCCUUUCUGUCUGAAGAGUAACGGUACAAGACAAACACCCUCAUCCCAGUUUCCUUCCCCAGCCAGUGGCUGGCUCUGGUCCAGUUCUGGUCCAGUUCUGGCCUGGUUCUGGCCUGAAUCAGCACCGCAGCCGAGGGCCAGAACCUCUCCAGUAAUGAGCUGCUCUCUGGGCUACUGUUAACUACUUGACACUGAAAACAUAUCAAACCAGCCAAUAUCAAACAGCAAGAAGAGAGACGUUCGGCACAUGUUCAGUGUGCCUAACAGUCAAAGCCCAUAGGAUCAGUGUGCAGACUUAGGGACUAACCUGAUCUGCAGUUAGUUUCACUUCCUUUCAACCAAAUGUAGUUUGGUGAUGGUAUUUUUUUAAAGUAAGGAAGCAUCAGUUGUAAUCUUGUUUUCUUAAAUGUGCAUAUAAAAGCAAAUUAUUAUUAUGUAGCCAUUGUAUAGUCAGUAUGGUACCUCUAUGCAUGACAUGAGAAAAGCUGUGUUAUGACUGCAGAAGUCUAUAUGCAUUUAUGGUUUUGCACCUGAUUGUGUAUGAAACUGCAUAUAUGAGAUGUUUCUUGGAGGAUUCCAUAGCUUUGAAUGGUACUCCCAGGAAUCUUUUUCUAGGUAUACAAUGGAACACUGUCUCACACACACACUUUCACAAACUGUCUAUGAUAUUACACUAAGUAUACCGGUAGCUUGUUUCCAGAAUUUGUGAUGUUCUGUAAAUAUCCUCCAAACUGUACAGAGAAAGAGACGUCAUUGAUAAAUGUAUUUGCACAGACAUAUCUAUCCUGUAUCUUUGAUUGUUGUUACCAAAUGAAUUUUUUUUUUUUCUUUUUUCUGCGAUGUCUGUCUAAGGAUGAAGCCUGUUGCCACUGUCUCUCAGGAAGUCUGCUGACAGUAGCUUACUUUUUUAAUUUAAUUUAAUUUUUUAUUUCAGUGCACUCUGAUGUGAACAUUACGGUAAUUUCCCAACUAUUAGAGGUUUAUAUAUUGAUUUUGCAAAAUUUCUUUAGCUAUGAGGUUAAUACACGGGGGCAGUUAAUAUGGUAUUAAUAUGGUUUUGUUUUUUUUACUUGCAUAAAAUUACUGUAGUAUGCAUUCUUGAUUCAGAUUGGCAGCGUAUUUAUAUCUUCCCCCAUAUGAUACAGAGGGCACAGAAAGUAGAAUGUUCCGGUAUUUUUGUUAUUUUUCUUGAGCCACAGUGGCAUAGGGCAAUUCAGUGCCAUGACUGUUGUAUACUACCAGAUGAAUGCUUUAGUUUAAAACAUUGGCCCCUGGGUAUAUGGUUGUUUUUAAUGUAGACAAAACAAAGAAGAACACUGAUGCCUUUACCAACCAUCUCUUUCACUGGCUUUCGCUAGAGAGGCAGAGCAAUUCAGAUAUGAAUCAGAUGGAAACCGCCUUGCGUGACUGGCACCAAAAACCAACAGAGUGACGUAAAUGUCAUCUAGUAUUAACAAUAAAAUGAAUCAUUUAUUGUGGGAAAUGUGUUCAGCAUUAGUCAAUACAAUUAAUCAGCCAUGUGGCCCUGAACAUUGCCCUGUAUGUCAUCAGCAAAAAAGCAAAAAGGUGCCCAUAAGAGUUUAGUGUAUUUUGACUGAUCAGAUGUCAAGCCUUUCCAAGUAAUGAUUAAAAACCAAGCAGGAAGUAUUUAACAAUAAUGUACAAGGACCCCCCCAAAAGAGUUCUCAAUAGACAAGAACCUUUAGCUGGAAUGAAUGGUAUCUUGUGGCACUGUAGUUGAGUACUCAGUACAGUCAGAAUCUCCCUGUGAGGUAACAAAUUGACUGUCUGUUGGUGUUCGUACUGCCCCAGUUUUGCUAGUCCUCCACUGUCAAGAAUGGAAACAGGGUGACAGGAGUCACACUUCACCUCUCUGUUUUGGAAGGGAGAUUCCAGGGUGUUGUCCAAGUGGCACCCCGAUAUUCUGCCUGCCUAGUUUGUAGUAUUUACAAUGGUUUGCUGUCCCAAGCCCCGAUUGUAUUUCUGAUCAGAAGAACUUCUCUCAACUAAACUAAAUGUGCAGUUCAAUUCACUAUGACACCGAUGGAUUAUUUCAUGUGCAUGUAAAGAUUGGAUAUUAUUUGAUGAAAAAAUAUGAAUAAAUAUUUAUAUUAUCUUCA